AAAAAAAAUAGUUAUUUUCAGUAAUAAAUUUUUGGAAAUUUAAAAAAUAAAAUAAAUAAAAGUUUUCACUCAAAACCAUGACCUAAUUUUCAGCUUCUCACCAGAGAUUGGCAGUUCUGACCACUUGAGGCCGGUAUCUCCCCACGUUCAGCUGAGUCCCGGCUACCACUUCAAACAGGGAACCGGUGACCUUCUGGGAUGUGGCCGUGGACUUUACCCAGGAGGAGUGGGGACAGCUGGGCCCUGCACAGAGGACCCUGUACCGUGACGUGAUGCUGGAGACCUUCGGGCAUCUGCUCUCUGUUGGGCCUGAGCUUCCCAAACCCGAAGUCAUCUCCCAGCUGGAGCAAGGCUCUGAGCUGUGGAUGGCAGAGAGAGGACUUGUCCAGGGCUGCUGUCCAGGCUGGGAACCUGGAUCUGAGGACCCAGCGCCAUCCAUGGACCAGGUCCUUCCCGAGGAGGAGCUGUCCUGUGUCAUGGAAAGGGCAGGCUUUCUGGGGGACACUGCCUGUCCUGCCACACUAGGGGAAGGCUGGGACUGUGAAGCCCAGGUCAAGGUGCCUGAGAAGGACCAGGAUAGUUUAAGGAAGUUGGAAUAUUGCCUCGAAAAAGCACGAGUUCAAGAGAAAAGCCAUGAAAGUCUCAGACGUGGGGAAAACUGUGUCCUGAAUUCGAACCUAAAUCUGUUCCCAGAGAUUUCUGAGAGAGCAUAUUUCUCUACUUCCGACUCUCAGGUCACAGAUUCUGGGGGUCACUCGCUCUCAGUCACUCAGCAGAUGGGCUCCUCGGGAGAGCAGCCCUGUGACCGUGGUGACUGCAGCACAGUGUCCCCUCCAGCUGUCUCUGUUGCGGAGCUCACACCAAGCCCCGUACAGGAAAAACCCUACAAGUGCAUGGACUGCGGGAAGUCCUUUAACCACAACGCGCAUCUCACGGUGCACAAGAGGAUCCACACGGGAGAGCGACCUUACAUGUGCAAAGAGUGUGGGAAAGCCUUCAGCCAGAACUCUUCCCUGGUUCAGCACGAGCGUAUCCACACGGGAGACAAGCCCUACAAGUGUGCCGAGUGCGGGAAGUCCUUCUGCCACAGCACGCACCUCACCGUGCACCGCAGGAUCCACACCGGGGAGAAGCCCUAUGAGUGCCAGGACUGCGGGAGGGCCUUCAACCAGAACUCCUCCCUGGGCCGACACAAGCGGACGCACACUGGGGAGAAGCCUUAUGCCUGCAGUGUGUGUGGGAAGUCCUUUUCUCGAACCACAUGCCUGUUCCUACACCUGAGGACUCACACUGAGGAGAGGCCCUACGAGUGCAACCACUGCGGGAAGGGCUUCAGGCACAGCUCCUCCCUGGCCCAGCAUCAGCGCAAGCAUGCUGGGGAGAAGCCCUAUGAGUGCCGGCAAAGGCUGAUCUUCGAGCAGACAGCAGCUCUCACCAAGCACCAGUGGGCCAGCUGCGACUCGCCUUUGAAUCCAGGUGAGACGGCUCAGCGGAGCGACAGGCCCUUUAAGUGUGGUCAGUGUGGGAAGUGUUUCAUUCAGAGCUCGCACCUCAUCCGACACCAGGUAACUCACACAAGGGAUGAGCCUCGUGUGCGGAAACGGCGGCGGCAAGAGCAGCCCCUCGGCCGCAGCUCACAUCAGCCUGUGCUCACAGGUGAGAGCCCUGGGGGCGGGACAAAGGUGGGACAGCCUGGGAACAAAGCACUUGCCCUAUUUGACAUCCGAGAGAUCAUGCAAGAGAAAAAUCCAGUGCAUGUGAUUGGGGUAGAAGAGCCUCCUGUGGGCACACCCGUGCUUGACAUCAGAGACUCCACAUAGGGAGAAACUACAGAUGACUGAACCACUGGUACAGAAAUGUGGUAAGUUCACAUGGGGUGUUCAGCACAUGGGGUAGAAAGGCCCAGGGCUACCUCUGAUUUCCUAAGAAAGAUGCUGCCCAAACGUCUGCGAUUGGUGGUCCUCAGAUCUAUCAAGCCCAGUGCCCCCUUUAACCAGAUAUCUUGUACUGUUCCCUCUGAACCUGAAGUGGAUUCACAGGUAAUGUCAGAAUAGUCAACGUAUGUCCCCGUUUUGGAAAGGAUAAUUAAAAUAAAACAGAAGUAAUUUAUGA